AUGUCCUCACAGCCGAUUAUUUACCAGAUUGAAAAUCUAACCAAAAACUAUACAUUUUACAGCAGUAUAAUUAAUUUAAUUCUCGGAAGCAUCAGUAAUAUUCUCAUUAUUUUAAUACUUUCAACUGCACGGACAUGUCGAAAGAAUCAUUGUAUAUUUUAUUUAAUCGUUGCAUCGAUUACUGAUAUUGGUUUGAUUUUUGCAUAUCUUCCAUUUAAAAUAGCUGGUGAACUAUUCGAAGAAAGUCCAAUCGAUGCUUCGACUGUUUGGUGUAAAGUUCAACUAACCGCUUGUUCAAUAUUGGCUUUGUGUUCACUUAUCACAACAUGUUUUCUUGCUUUUGAUCAGUAUCUAUCGACUAAUCCACGACGACAAUGGAAAGCAAUGAGUACACUUCGCUUAGCACAUCGUUUGACUUUCUUCAAUAUUUGUUUUUCAAUCUCACAUAAUAUCGUUUUCAUUAUAUUCGCUGAAAACGGUAAAUUCGGAUGUACCAUUUACAAUCCGGUUGUGAAAACCUAUUUCAAAGUUUUCUUUUAUCCAAUUUUCAUUAUCAUUCUUCCUAUGACGUUUAUCGGCUUAUUAGGUCUUUUAGUUUAUCGAAACAUUCAAUGGCAUAUGCGGCGACGAAUGAUAGUGAUACGUCGCCGACUCGAUCGUCAAAUGUCAGUCAUCGUUCUUGCACGAGUAUUGUCUAUUCUUAUACUGGGUUCUCCAUUUCUUUGCACAACUCUAUAUGAAAUCAAUUUGAAUGAUAACGAAGAAAAUGAAAACAAGUUGGUGAUCUAUCAGUUAGCAUCCGCGAUAUCGUAUUCAUUGUUGUAUGCCAGCUAUUCAAGUAAUUUUUAUAUAUAUUUGUUUAUUUCGCCACGAUUUCGUCAUCAAACGAGACAAUUCUUUAUCAAGAGAUGUUGUCCUCAUUUCAACAGACAUCAUCGUAUUGAACCAGAUAUUCGCCUUGCAGUUGUGCCUCUUAUCGAAGCAAUAUCAUCAUAG